AUGGACAGGAAGCAGAAAAGGAGGUCGAAUAAGCCGCUUGGAAACUCUAUUCAAUUGGCUCAUGUUCUGGGAUCGGGAUCCAAUAAGAUCAAGAAGAAGAUCAGAGACAUUGAACGUCUUUUGCAGAAGAAGAAGGACACGCUUCCAGACACAGUACUGAUUGAUAAAGAAAGAGCUUUGGAAGCGUUGAAACUGGAGCUCAAAAAUGCAGAACUGCGAGUCACAGCGCAGAAUAAUGCAAAGAAAUAUCAUAUGGUGCGGUUUUUCGAACGCAAGAAAGCAUUAAGAAAAUACAACCAGGCUUUGAAGUCCGGCGACAAAAGUGAAACACAGGAGCGUGCGGUUGAUUUGUGCUACGUGGUCAACUUCCCCAAGACAGAAAAGUACAUUGCAUUGUAUCCAUCAGAAGAAAACGACCAAGGCUCCGAAAAGAAAAAAUCCAAGCAUGGCAUUGAAAAAACAGACGCUGAUAGAGCAAGCUACCGCGAGUUGGUUGCGGCUCAAAUGGAAUCCGGUGACCUGCCAGUGUCUUUGUCGAAAAUUCUCAAGGGUGGCAAGCUCGAAAGAGAUGAUAACGGCAUCCAGUUGAAGGAAGCUGGUGAAGCCGAUUCUGCUGGCGACAAAGAAGACGAAGAAGAAGACGACUUCUUUGAGUAA